AAGAACGAGCAAUGGACGAUUGGGCGACUGGCUGAUUAUAUACAACCACUUGAUUGUCCCGUGAACGUCAUGUGACUCGGCUCCCCUCUCAAUCCGGCGAUGCUGAAACCAAAGUUCGGAUUGAUGCAGCAAUUCAGCUUCCCAUUUUCAGGCGAACCAAAUUGUUUGCCCUGAGACCAAUCUUUCAUCUCCCAUCACAACAACGGACCAGUGUCCUCCGCCACCGCCACGAUCGACGAAUCCCCGGAUCGGCAUCCUUCUCAUCCCCCGGCCUUGACGUCCCCGCGCCAGACAAGUGAUGGUCAUUGCUUUGCAUCAUUGGACAGGAAGAGAAAGGCCCGGGGAAGCAAGGGAUGAGCACUUCCUUUCCUUUUUCUCCCCCAGUUUACUACGAUCAGUGGUGGGAUUGGUGGUGCUCUGUUUAUCAACCAUGUGGUAUGAUAUCAUCUGCGGGGAUGGACAUGCCAAUCUCUGCAAAGACGGUCCUAUGGGUGAGCUGUGUCACUCCUGGUCGGCUGCAACUCUGCCAGGACACCUCUGCUCCGGCCAAUGACAGCCCAUAUUGCCACGACAAAUGAUUGCCGGUCUCUGGCAUUUCCCACGGCACCAGAACAGCCAGCUCGGGCCAACGUUCUGGCUGCUGGCACGGAAGGUAUACGAAGGUAGUAUGCGAAUCUGCAACAUCACAGCUAUCUGUCCUACCCUGCCAAAAAAGGCCGCGGUGAUAAUCCUGCAUGCCACCAACGCAAUGGUACUAAAUACCUCACCCAGUUUGAAUUCCUAAUUAAACGUCCAAAAACAAACCGAAAUGCGCUUCUCAAGCUGCUUUCCAGUGCUCAAGCUUGGUUGAUGGUGAAUGUGACAAUCGACGUCAUUCUGCUUCCGCCUCCAUCCCCUAAACAGCCACAUGGCUUCGAAAGAAUGGGAUCCAAACUCCUGCCCGCCAGUUUGAGCGAAAAAGGGUUCCAGAACCUCGAUACCAAGGGAAGGUCAUCCGAAGAGUGCGCGCGUUCUUACUUUUUCCGCUGCAGCGUAUCAGGAGAAUACCCAAGUUACUCAAACUGGUGCUGGCAAACUCAACUGCUAAUUCCACCGAUUGUAUCCCUGGGUGCGUACCUUGUCAGCGUCACACUUUGCCUUCAUCAUCGCCUGAAGGCGAGCUUUGGUUAAAGAUGAUCGCGGGCGGCUAGUACCGGGGGCUCCUCGGGCGGGUCACUGCUGAGACUAGCCCAUGCAAAGUAGUAGGCAGUAUGCAUAGUAGAGGGGCUCUCUUCUCAGUUCUACAGUAUACUACAUAGUAGAUAUAUGUACAGAGUAUCAUCCAGUACUAUUACGCUAACAGUUGAAAUAUUGCCAGCUUGAAAAUAUCAUCAUGCUGGGUUGCCCUCUGACUUGAGGUAAGAACCACCACUACUUACCAGUAGUAAAAUAUAUAAUACUACCAAUAGUAACAGUUGUUACAAUCAUGCUGU